AUGGCGAAAGGUGCAACAUUUUAUUGCCUCUUCUCAUGUCUCUUCGUCUUGUUCUCGAGUACAGUCUCAGCAAUCAAGGAUGCUGAUGAUGAAAAGCAACAGGUAUAUAUCGUAUACUUGGGAGCACUUCCGUCUCGAGAGAAUUACACACCAAUGUCGACCGAUCACAUUGGUAUUCUCCAAGAAGUUACCGGAGAGAGUUCGGUCGAGAAGCGCUUGGUGAGAAGCUACAAAAGGAGUUUCAACGGGUUUGCAGCACGACUCACCGAAUCCGAACGUGAAAGAUUAGCCGGAAUGGAGAGAGUUGUGUCUGUGUUCCCAAGCCCAAAAAUGAAACUCCAAACGACUUCUUCUUGGAACUUCAUUGGUCUCAAAGAAGGCAGCAAGACAAAGCGGAACCCUAGCAUUGAGAGUGAUACAAUUAUCGGAGUCAUCGACAGUGGAAUCUGGCCUGAAUCGGACAGCUUUUCAAACCAAGGUUUUGGUCCCUCUCCUAAGAAAUGGAAGGGCACUUGUGCAGGCGGCAAAAACUUCACCUGCAACAACAAAAUCAUUGGGGCAAGAGACUACACAGCCAAGUCUAAAGGCAAAGAGUCGGCGAGGGAUUACACGGGACACGGCACGCAUACGGCGUCCACGGCUGCCGGAAACGCUGUCGCAGGAACAAACUUCUACGGGCUAGGAAAUGGAACCGCGAGAGGUGGCGUUCCAGCCGCCCGAAUCGCCGUUUACAAAGUCUGUGACGCUGAAGGUUGCGGCGGAGAAGCAAUUUUGUCUGCGUUCGACGACGCAAUCGCUGACGGUGUGGACGUUAUAACUAUCUCCAUCGUGCUCAAUGACAUUCCACCGUUCCAGCAGGAUCCUAUAGCGAUUGGGGCUUUUCACGCUCUGGCUAAAGGAAUUCUCACGGUGAACUCAGCCGGUAACGACGGUCCGAAAAUCAGCACGGUCACGAGCAGCGCACCGUGGGUUUUUAGCGUUGCAGCCAGCAUCACGAACCGUGCGUUUAUGGCCAAUGUUGUUCUUGAAAACGGAAAGAUACUUGUCGGAAGAUCAGUGAAUACGUACGAUCUCAAUGGAACCAAGUAUCCUCUGGUCUACGGAAAAUCUGCUGCUUUGAGUACAUGUAACGAGACUAAGGCUAGGUUAUGCGAGGCAGAGUGUUUAGACGGAAAAGUUGUGAAAGGAAAGAUUGUGCUAUGUGAAUCGUCGGAAGGUCCAAUAGAAGCUCAAAAAUUGGGAGCUGUUGGAUCCAUCGUAAAGAACCCUGAACCAGACCACGCCUUUGUCCGCUCUUUCCCUGUCUCUUUUUUAUCCGAUGAUGACUACAAAUCGCUCGUCUCUUACAUCGAAUCCACAAAAGAUCCAAAAGCGACUGUUCUGAAAAGUGUGGAAGCCUUUAAUCAGACAGCUCCUCUUGUUGUUUCUUUCUCUUCUCGCGGUCCAAGCACCAUCGUUUCAGAUAUUCUCAAGCCGGAUAUAACAGCACCCGGAGUGGAGAUCCUCGCUGCCUAUUCACCAGACAGUUCACCAACUGAAACAGAGUUUGACACUAGACGUGUAAAGUACUCUGUUAUGUCUGGAACUUCAAUGGCUUGUCCACACAUUGCAGGCGUGGCCGCGUACGUCAAGACUUUUAAUCCUCAAUGGUCCCCUUCCAUGAUCCAAUCUGCCAUAAUGACAACCGCUUCGCCGAUGAAUGCUUCUGGUCCUGGCUUUGGAAUGACCGAGUUUGCUUAUGGAGCUGGCCAUGUGGACCCAAUAGCUGCCAUUAAUCCUGGACUUGUCUAUGAAUCUACAAAAGCUGAUCACGUCACCUUUCUCUGCGGUUUAAAUUACACCAGUGAGAAAUUAAGAAUAAUAUCUGGUGACAACAGCAUUUGCACGAAAAAAAAUUCCAAGGCAUUACCAAGAAACCUUAACUAUCCAACGAUGUCUGCUAAAGUGUCAGGAACAGGAUCGUUCAAGGUUACUUUCCAAAGAACUGUCACAAAUGUUGGUAAGCCAAACUCUAUAUACAAAGCGAAGGUAGUCUCUAGUCCUGGAUCUAAACUCUCAAUCAAAGUGAAUCCUAGUGUUCUGUCCAUGAAGUCCGCCUAUGAGAAGCAGUCUUUUACGGUGACUGUCUCAGGCAAUAGUCUCGGAACAGAACAACCUGUGUCAGCAAAUCUAAUUUGGUCUAAUGGCAGUAAUAUUGUGAGAAGCCCCAUAGUUGUUUAUGCUAUGAGCUGA